UGUUUACCAACAUUCCACCAUUCUGCAGCAGCGAUGGAGCGUGCCGUUCCGGAGGAAUUAAUAACAGUGUGCCGGUUUUGUUUGUGCGAGGACGAUGAUUGUUUGAUUCCUAUCGAGGAUUUACUCGACUUUGAUAUUACAACCGAAGAUAUAGAACGAUUCUCCGGGAUAGAGAUAAACGACGACAACAAGGCAACGUUCUCAGUAUGUAUGGACUGUACCAGCAAGCUGAAAGUAGCAUCCACCUUCCGCAACACGUGCCUCAAAAAUGACCCGCUUUUUCGCGAUCUGUACCAAGUGCUGGUUGCUAGCGGCAAGGAAAGGCUACAGAAAGUCGUCGCUCGUAUCGAGCUAUCGGAUACAGACGAUGGAAUGGACGAUGAAGACGCUCAAACCAAACCGGUGGUGAUAUAUCUAAACGACCCCCUGUGGAAACCAUCGAAACAAAGCGUACCGGAAGUACCUCCCGAGCCGAAGCUGCCGAAACGAUCAGUCGAAAUCCCGGCAAUGAUUACGGAUGACGACGAUGGUACCCAGCACAGUGAAGCGUUUUCGUGCGCAAGCACCACCGAUGAGGUUGUGUGCGAUGGCGAGCUCUUCGCGUACUCGGCCAACUACAUCGAGCCGGGCGAGGUACUGUUCGACCCGAACGAGAUGUGGCAGAUGUUUAUCAAUUGGGGCGAUAGCUUAAACCCACCAUAUCCCGAGGUCCGUGAACUGGGCAAGAAAAAGAAAAAGCGCUACCUGUGCGACAUAUGUGGCAUUUCUAUGAGUUGCAUUCUGCGCCAUUAUGACAAUCACAGCGAGGAGCAAAUACACAGCUGUCCCCACUGUCCGGUAAAAAUGAAGCAAAAGAGCAACAUUGCCCAGCACAUACUUACGGUGCACUUGAAGCAAAAUACCAGAAAGUGUGCAAUAUGCGGCAAGGGCUUCAUUCAUCACAAAACGUACCGAUAUCAUAUGCUUACUCACGAGGGAGAAGGAAAAAAGUUCGAAUGCCCGGACUGUGAGAAAACGUUCCCGAAUGCAAUUUACCUAAGAGAUCACUUCAAUCGGCUUCAUAACGCAGCGAAGGCGGCGAAGAAAACGCAACCAGCCAAAAAAGUGAGAAGGAAAAGAAACCAGCCCCAAAUAAUGGCAGCAUAGCUUCAGACAAACAUAUUUUGAUCUGUUCAAAGUGUUGUUCACCUGAAGAGGAGCUGGCUCCUCAAUUUACUCCAGGUUAGCGGGCUCUCAAUGCUUUGGAAAUCUCAUCCUUCACGGUGGUUUGGUUCGACUAUCUCCUUUAGUUCGAACGUUAUUUUUCUACCUUUUCACGAAAAGGAACAAUUCUAGGGGCAACAUAUGUUGGCUCAAUAUCAAUUCAAGCAUAGGAUAAGAAGCAGUUUCCAGAGUGGGAAAAUAUCAUUUCAUGCUAAAGUACUUGUUCCUGAAACAUGAAAUAUUUAAGAUAACUUUCAGGAUCGAACUACACUCGAGUACAGUUCCCCUCACACAAAAUAUUUACUGGAGCCAUGACAAAACAAAAUCAAAACAGAAAAUCCUUCAAGCUUUUUACUGUUGGAAAGUGCUUAAAUGUCUCUUUCAAGUAUAGUUAUACGUAAGUAAGUUAGUAAGAAAGUAUGUGUAUUAUAAUAGUGUGUAAAUGAAUAAAAAGUUCAGAUAGCUUUGAAUACAAA